AUAUUCCUUUCGCAGAAUAUAUGUACGCAGUAAUGAAUGUAAGAUACAGUCAAUAAGGGUUUUAAUAAGGUCAAGGGCGGGGGUUUGCCGGCUGUCAGCCAUGAGUCGCCGGUUGGUGCGCCGAACUCGAGGCGGACAUAAUAUUAAAGAUUCACAAUACAAUUUCGGCGAUCACCGGCAUCGCACGUACCAUGUGUGAGCGAAAAAAUUACGUAUCUUUUUAAAGAUUUAAGUGUGCGAUAUCAAGAUUAAUUGUUUAUAAACUAUUUUAUUUUAAUAACUAGUGAAGUGUUUUAAGGUUCAGACUGAAAGUGUAUUACAUAAAAAUGAAGUUAAUCAUAUCAACGAUCGUGCUUUUAGCAGCCAUCUAUAUAGGGUACAAGUUUAUGUUUAGAAAACCAUCGAAGCUACCUGAAUUAGAUCUUCAAAAAUGGUGGGGUGCCGGUGUUAGGACUGAGGGACAAGAUGAUUCGAUUAGGCCAUUCAAGAUCGAUUUUAACGAUAGCAUGAUCGCAGACUUAAGACAAAGGUUAAAAAACAGACGUCGGUUUACAAAACCACUAGAAGGCACACAAGCACAGUACGGAAUGAACACAGAUUACUUAGAAACCAUUCUGAACUAUUGGGCCAACGAUUAUAACUUCAAAGAGAGAGCAGAACUUUUGAACGCAUUCCCUCAUUUUAAGACAAAAAUUCAGGGUUUAGAUUUACAUUUUAUUCAUGUUAAACCUAAAGUAGAUGAUAAUAAGAAAGUUCUGCCGCUACUUAUGUUACAUGGAUGGCCAAGUUCGUCCAAGGAGUUUGCAAAAGUUAUACCCAUUUUGACUGCGCCAAAACGUGGAUAUGAUAUCGUUUUUGAAGUGAUCGCUGUGGACUUGCCUGGGUAUGGGUACUCUGAGGGAACGAAUAAAAAAGGACUAAACCCAGUGCAGAUGGCAAUUAUAAUGCGCAACUUAAUGUUCAGGAUUGGGUUCACAAAGUUUUAUAUUCAGGGAGGAGAUUGGGGCUCACAAGUUGCCACACACAUGGCUACUCUAUUUCCAGAAAAUAUAUUAGGAUAUCACUGUAAUAUGCCAGUAUCGUCAAGGCCAAUAAGCUACGUUAAGUUACUGAUUGGAUCAUUGUUCCCACGUCUCACUGACCCAGUUGCCCAUUCAAGAGUGUACCCGCUGAAGAAGUAUUUUAGUUAUAUAAUGAGAGAAAGUGGAUAUUUCCAUAUUCAGGCAACUAAACCGGACACUGUAGGUGUGGGCCUCACGGAUUCACCAUCUGGUUUGGCGGCUUAUUUGAUGGAAAAAAUGGCCAUGUGCAGUAACAGUGAGCAGUUGGACAAACCACAUGGUGGUCUGGCUAACCUUGACCUGAACGAUGUGCUGGACACAGUGACCAUCAUGUGGGCCAACGAGUGCGUCGUGACCGCCACGAGAUUGUAUGCAGAAAGCUUCUUUUACCCAGAAAUAAAUAUUUUACAAGAUAUACCAACGGAAGUUCCAAUGGCUGCCCUCAAAUUCCUAUACGAAGUUGUCUACCAACCUGACUGGAUAAUUAGGGACAAGUUCCCGAACUUAGUCAGAUCUACCGUUAUCGAUUACGGCGGGCAUUUUGCCGCGUUACAUACGCCUAAAGAAUUUGCUGACGACAUAUUCGCAGCCGCUGAAGCCUUCAUCGAGUUCCAUAAAAAAGAAAAGUAAAGUGAAAUGAGCGCCAUCUAGUAACAAAUUCUGUAUUUUUUUCUAACGAUAACUGUUAUGAAAUUUUUAUUUAUUUAACGUCUGGCUUAUAAAUACACAUUACAGCCAAUGAUUUUAAUGAUAUAAUAAAAUUAUUGAAAUUAUUGAAUGGCACAUUAAAAAUAAUAGAAGAUAAGUAUUUGUAUCUAAUUAGAAAAAAAGGACCAACUUAUUAUAGAUUCCUUUUUACUUUUUGACCAAUAGUGAUCCAUUGCGUCAUGACAUGUUAAUGACAUAUCGAUUGCUUGUCAAAGUUUGUAAUUAUUGUUAUUAAUUAGUAUUCAAUGAUUGAUUUAAAAUUUUGAAGUAUGUAUUAAAACCCUGAUGUUAUUUCAAAGUAAUUCGAGGUAGAUUUUAGAAUUAUUAUUUAUCGACAUUUCAAUAAAAUUCAUUUGUAACAAUUCACUGAAUAUUUU